CACACAGCCUGGAAAGCGAAUUGGCCAGGCUCUCAGGCGCUGCUUCUCCGUAUUCUUGGAAGAUUCAGACGAAGCUGGGUCUGGUGGGAACAGCCGACCUGAGUGUGCUGGGUGCCUGCCAUCACGCUUCUGGAUAAAUAAGCCGACUUCAGCUUCUUGCCAAAACAUUCCUACGAUGCACGGCUUUGCGCAAACAUCCACACUCGGGGUCGCACGCGCGCGAAUCAAACCAUGCCCUUUCUCUUUUCCUAUGUAUGCGACCUCUUGCAGCGCCUUGAAGACAACCAGCAUGCUCGCUCGGGGCUGAGAAGCAACGCGGCCAUCAUCCAGGAAUGGUUCCGUGCUCACCAGGGGCUGCUUCACCGCGACGACCAUAACAGUGCUGCUCUACUCUCGGCACUUCUGCCAGAAAAGAGGACUGACAGAGUCUAUUUCAUUCGGGAGAAGAAACUCCAGAUCAUCAUUGGCCGUGCGCUGGGUCUGGGCCGGUCGCGCAUCGCGCAGCUGGGAAGAUGGAGCAACCCUGAUGCGCGCAUCGACUUGGCCGGCUGCGUUGAGGGUAUCUUGAACGAGACACCAAAUCCAAUAUCCCCCGCUCAUAGGCCUGUCACGGUGGACGAGAUCGAUCAACUCCUCCAUGGGGUCGCAGCCAACUGUCGCUUCAGUUCACCCGCAGUCCGUAGUUCGGCUCCUGAGAACUGCCCAGCCCACAAGGAGCUCGCCCUUGGGGAACUGUACAAGCGGCUGUCUGCCCGAGACGCCAAAUGGCUCACCCGCCUGAUCCUGAAGAACUACGCGCCUGUCAUUCUUAAUGAGCACGUCGUUUAUACGAGCUGUCAUCCUCUUCUUCCAUUGAUAUUGAAGGUCCAAGAUGACUUCACUGUCGCUGGACGUAUCCUGGACACGCAGCGUCGUGAGCGCACGGUUACUGGAAGUAACGACCUCGCCGGGUAUCUAAAGCCCACCUUAGGAGUCAAGAUCGGCCGCCAAAUGUGGCUCAAGGGCCGGAGCAUCAAACACUGCUUGUCCAUGGUCCAAGGCCGUGUGAGCUGCGAGGAGAAAAUAGAUGGCGAGUACUGCCAGGUCCAUAUCGACCUCAGCAAGGGCUACGAUUGCAUUCAAAUAUUCUCAAAGAGCGGCAAGGACAGCACCAAAGACCGCCAGGCAUUGCAUGACUCGAUCCGAAAGUCAUUGCAGCUUGGGCAGCCCUCCUGCCCCCUGAAGCGAGGCUGCAUCCUUGAGGGAGAACUGGUGGUCUACAGUGAUAAGCACUCCAAGGUUCUCGACUUCCACAAGAUUCGGAAGCAUGUCUCGAGAUCCGGUUCCUUUUUGGGCACUGAUAAAGACUCACAGCCUCACCCCUGGGAGCAUCUUAUGAUUGUCUACUACGACCUACUCAUGGUCGACGAUGAAUCCUUGUUGGCCGUCAAGCACUCGGAGAGAUUCCAGCGUCUCAAGAAGCUCAUCACACCAGUACCAGGCCGAUCUGCUCUGGUCAAACGAGAAAUUAUUGACUGCACACGGCCAUCUGCAGUCUCGGACCUGCGCCGCGCCUUUGCAAAAUGUAUCACGGCGCGUGGGGAAGGCCUGGUCCUCAAAGCAGAUGACCCUUACUUUGACUUUGGGACCCUGCGGCGACCUUAUAGUUGCUGCCCAAUUAAGCUCAAGAAAGAGUAUAUUGGCAAUUUUGGAGACAUCGGAGACUUCGCUGUCGUCGGCGCCCGCUUCGAUGCCACAAAGGCCCGAACCUACACCAACAUCCCUAGGCUCAAGUGGACGCAUUUCUAUGUGGGCUGUCUCGAUAACAAAGAAGAGGUGCAGCGCUUUGGGAAGCGGCCGCGGUUCGUCGUCACGAAUGUUGUUGAACUCAACGCAAUCCAGCUGGAGACGUUCACCACGUCCGUCAACCCGGACUCCGUGCGGCCGGAGGAUAACACGGCCAUCGACCUACGAAUUGAGCCCGGUGUCGAUAACGGGAAGCGCCCAUCUGUGAUUUUCCCCACACCCCCGGUGGUUGACCUCCGCUGCUUUUCUUUUGGCAAGGAAGGGAACACGGGCUUUUGGAGCCCGAGAUUUCCAUCGGUAAGCAAGAUACAUUGUGACAGAACUUACCACGACGCAAUCUCCUUCGCCGAGCUGCAAGAGAUGGCAGCCAAGGAGAAGGAGGCGCCUCCUCCGGAAGACAGCCAGGAGCUUCUGGGUUGGAUCGCAGCUCUGGAGAAAUCCGAACGGAAGACCGCUGUCGACACUACCAGUCAAUCGACGACUUCGACAAAUACAGCGUCAAUGACGCCAACGCCUCGAGACCUGGAUCCAAGCUGCCGUCGGGAUUCGCCGACGCCCAGCCCGGCGAGAAGAAGAAGUGGCCAGUUGACACCGCCAACGUCAUCCGCCGCUCAAUUGUCCGAGUCGACAACCGGAGACGGAGUGAACAAGCAGGCAGGGACCGCGCCAGGUCGACAGAGGCCGUUUGAGUCCUCACAACAGAACAGCAUCCCGGAGAGGAGCAAGAUCCGGAGGUUCUCAGACGACCAGGAUGACGACACGCUUCGUGGAGCAACGAGCAAUCCGGCGAGUUUCUCCUCGACUCAGCGAAGAAUAAGUCUAUCACGCCGCAAUACCGAAGCUCAUAUGCCCAUGCCGACGCUGGCGAGCUCAGACUCGAUGCACCAGCCUGGUGCUGAGAAUUCGCAGCCCGGCACUACUGGCCCGGCCCGACCUCCCAUUCAGUCGUCCGUGUCCUUCCACGAGGGGCCGACUUGUUCGUUUCCUGCCCAAUCUCCCCCGGACUCGACGAACAGCGGCCCGCCAACGCAAGUCAACACCUCCCAGUCGCCCGAGGAGUCCCCUGCGCCAUCUGCCGGAAAGUGCCGCUACCUCGGCGACGCAUGCGCGUUCUCGACGUACUCGAUCCUGCUCUCACCAUGCAUCGCCAACUUCCCCUGGGUCACGGAGGACCUGCUCUCGUGCCACGGCGUGACCGAGUUCCUCCGCGAUCCCAAGGAGUGGCUGGCCGACCAGGCGGCGACGAGCACAACAACCCCGGCUUCAAGCAGCAGCGGCAUUCCCGGAGCUUCGCUCUCCGCACCGGCCGGCCAGAAGGGCCGGCGUAAGAGGAAGAUCGUACUGGUGGACGCCCGCCGGCGGGAGGCUACCGUGGCGUUUCUGCAAUUGGUCGAGGCGGCACAGCUGAAGCGCCGCAGCGGCGAGCGGGAGUACGUGCCGGUGUAUGACUGGCGGGUGCUUGAGGCCGUGCGGGAAGAGGAGCAGAAGCUCGCGAGGAGCAGGGAGAGGCCACGGUCCCGGCUCGAUAUCAUCAGCUCCAGCGGCGUGGGGAGACGGUUCUGGGUUGGGCUGGCGUAGGGAAGGCACGGGAGGGGAUGGACAGUGCAGGGGAGGGACAGUGGCUAGGUCUCGCCCGUAUCAUGAACUUGAGCAUACUUAGACCGAUGAUGCGAUAGCCUAUGAACCCUAU